CAGCAGCAGCUAACAAGCAGCACUGACUGCACACAUCAACUUUCAGCUUGUAGCUCACAACUUUUACACAGUUUAAAAGAAAAAAGGAAAAACUGGAGUAAAGAGUCAAGCAGCAGCUUCUCUUCAGUCACAGUUGAGUCAGGGGGAAACAAGGAAGUGAACAGCUGUCUGACUUCUCUUAAUUUCCGCCGGACAAAGGACGCUGAUGUGCAAAUGUUGACUGUGAAGUUUCCUCUGUGAAGAAGUGUCUCCAGACUGGAACAUGUUAUCUUUCAGAGCCAGGCCUCCUCUGUCCUGACACAGGGAGUUUUACAGCCGAGAUCCUGAUUGUCUACCUCAAUACACGUGGAGUCCGCUCCUACUGUUCUACCUCUUUGGACCUCUGCUACUUUUUUUUUUUUUUCCUACCUCAGCACAAAUGUUUAGUUGCACGUAGCUGAUAUCAGCCAGCUCGGAAAGCCUAACAGAUCCUUCAGUUUGUCAGCAAGCUCUCAGGUGUCAGUCAUCCGGUGUCGGUGUAACACAGUUGACUGGGUUUCUUCCUGCUUUCAUCCGCCGUAAUCGCUCUCUGACCUCGCACAGCCCCUGCUGGGGAGGAGCCACCCGAAGCCGCCAUGUUGCACGGAGGUUUUUAGAUGUCCGAGCCCUGCAACGGACUUACACCAGGAGAAGGAACGGUACAGGGGCAGGGUCACAGAGACACUCCUCGAUUUUUGGUUGGCUGUGAAGAUGAUGAGCAGCACUUGGGCCAAACGGAGGCAAGCAUGAAGAACGAGAUGUUUCGAGAAGAGGAAAUGGAAGAUGACGAUGAUGAGUUGCCAUCAGAGCGACAGAUUGUGGUCGGCAUAUGUGCCAUGAUGAAGAAGUCAAAUUCCAAGCCCAUGACUCAGAUCCUGGAGCGGCUUUGUAAGUUUGACUACAUCGACGUGGUCAUCUUCCCGGAGGAGGUGAUCCAGGAGGAGCCGGUGGAAAAAUGGCCUCUCUGCGACUGCCUCAUCUCCUUCCACUCCAAAGGUUUCCCUCUGGACAAAGCUGUGGAGUAUGCAAAACUCAGGAAUCCACUGCUCAUCAAUGACCUCAACAUGCAGUAUUUCAUACAGGACAGGAGGGAAGUGUACCGUAUCCUACAGGAAGAGGGCAUUGACCUUCCUCGUUAUGCUGUGUUAAACCGAGACCCCGACAACCCUGAAGAGUGUAACCUGGUGGAGGCGGAGGACCAUGUUGAGGUGAAUGGGGAGGUGUUCCCUAAACCUUUUGUUGAGAAACCUGUGUGUGCUGAGGACCACAAUGUGUACAUCUAUUACCCGACAUCUGCUGGAGGGGGCAGCCAGAGACUCUUCAGAAAGAUCGGAAGUCGGAGCAGUGUGUACUCCCCAGAAAGCAGCGUACGAAAGACUGGAUCCUACAUCUACGAGGAGUUCAUGCCCACAGAUGGUACUGAUGUGAAGGUUUACACUGUGGGUCCAGACUACGCUCAUGCGGAGGCUCGGAAGUCUCCUGCGCUGGACGGGAAGGUAGAGAGAGAUAGCGAAGGGAAGGAGAUCCGAUACCCUGUAAUGCUGACUGCCAUGGAGAAACUAGUGGCCCGUAAGGUCUGCAUGGCCUUCAAGCAAACAGUUUGUGGGUUUGACCUACUCAGAGCCAACGGACACUCCUUCGUCUGUGACGUCAACGGCUUCAGUUUUGUCAAAAACUCCAUGAAAUACUACGAUGACUGUGCCAAAGUCCUGGGGAACAUGGUGAUGAGAGAGUUAGCCCCACAGUUUCACAUCCCCUGGUCCAUCCCGAUGGAAGCUGAAGAUAUCCCCAUUGUCCCAACAACCUCAGGAACCAUGAUGGAGCUGCGCUGUGUUAUCGCCAUCAUCCGCCAUGGAGACCGCACACCAAAGCAAAAGAUGAAGAUGGAAGUUCGACAUCCUCUAUUCUUUGAGUUGUUUGAGAAGUAUGGAGGCUACAAAUCAGGAAAACUAAAGCUGAAGAAGCCAAAACAGUUACAGGAAGUGUUGGAUAUCGCCCGCCUGCUGUUGGUCGAACUUGGCCAGCACACCGACUGUGAGAUAGAGGAGAAGAAGUCUAAACUGGAGCAACUCAAGACUGUCCUGGAGAUGUACGGUCAUUUCUCAGGUAUCAACAGGAAAGUCCAGCUGACCUACCUGCGUCACGGCCAACCUAAAGCCUCCAGUGAAGAAGAAGACUGUAAGAAGGACAGCCCAUCUCUGCUGCUGGUCCUGAAGUGGGGCGGAGAGCUAACACCUGCAGGCCGGGUUCAGGCUGAGGAGCUGGGCAGGGCCUUUCGCUGCAUGUACCCUGGAGGUCAAGGUGAUUACGCUGGCUUUCCUGGUUGUGGCCUCCUGCGCCUGCACAGCACUUACCGCCACGACCUAAAGAUCUACGCCUCAGACGAAGGCAGGGUGCAGAUGACAGCCGCUGCUUUUGCCAAGGGACUGCUGGCUCUCGAAGGGGAGCUGACUCCAAUCCUGGUCCAGAUGGUGAAGAGUGCUAACAUGAAUGGACUGCUGGACAGUGACAGCGACUCUCUGACCGACUGCCAACAGAAGGUGAAGGCCAGACUGCAUGAUAUCAUGCAGAAGGACCUGGAGUUUACACAGGAGGACUAUCAGAAGUUGGCCCCAACUGGCAGCCCAUCGCUGGUGAACUCUAUGAACAUCCUACAGAACCCCGUCAAGACCUGUGACAAAGUGUACGCACUCAUCCAGAACCUCAACGCACAAAUCCGAAAGAGACUGGAGGACCCCAAGUCAUCAGAUCUGCAGCUCUACCACAGUGAGACGUUGGAGCUAAUGUUGCAGCGCUGGUCCAAACUGGAAAGAGAUUUCCGCAUGAAGAAUGGCCGCUACGACAUCAGCAAGAUCCCAGAUAUCUAUGAUUGUAUCAAAUAUGACACACAGCACAAUGCCUCGCUUGGUCUGGAGGAAACGCUGGAGCUGUUCAGACUGUCACGAGCCCUGGCUGACAUCGUCAUACCACAGGAGUAUGGCAUCAGCAGAGCGGAAAAACUGGACAUCGCUCAGGCGUACUGUGUUCCUCUGAUGAAGAAAAUCCAGCUGGACCUGCAGAGGACUCAUGAGGAUGAAGCCGUUAACAAGCUGCAUCCCCUGUAUUCUCGAGGCGUGAUGUCUCCCGGUCGUCACGUCCGCACACGUCUCUACUUCACCAGCGAGAGCCACGUUCACUCCCUGCUCAGUGUUUUCCGCUACGGAGGACUGCUGAAUGAGGAGAAGGACCAGCAGUGGCAACAGGCGAUGGACUACCUGAGUGCUGUGUCUGAACUCAACUACAUGACGCAGAUAGUCAUCAUGUUGUAUGAAGACAACAAUAAGGAUCCUUCUUCAGAGGAGCGUUUUCAUGUGGAGCUCCACUUCAGUCCGGGAGUCAAAGGAUGUGAAGAUGAGGAAAAUGUACCUCUCGGCUUCGGCUUCCGCCCAGCCUCCUCAGAGAAUCAAGACAAAAAGACUAAUCAGGGUAGUCUGGAGGACCUCUCCCAGGACCAACCAGACCAGGCACUUAAUGUCUCUGAGCCCAUCAACAUCCAACGGAGGUCACCCAUGAUCCGCAACCGCAAGACCGGCUCCAUGGAGGUCCUCUCUGAGACCUCUCCCACCCAGUCAUCCAAAGGCUCCACAUCCCACCGACUCUUCCCCUCGUGUUCGCGCCAGUCUCCUGAGAUCAAACCAGCCAGUGGUCUAGGUGGGCACCUCUUCUCUGCUUUUCCUUACACAGGCUCGCUCUGCUCUGGCCUCUUCAGUGCCUCCGCCCUCGGGGUGUCCUGUAGCGCCCCCAACCUGCGGGACUACGUCCGCACGCACCACCACCAUCGAAAACCACCCCUGUCCCCCGGCAGUGUGCCGAUUGGCAUGUUUGAGCUGUUCUCUAUGCCGGCAGUAAAGAGAUUUUCUGUGUCGUUUGCCAGGCAUCCGACUAACGGGUUUGAAGGCUGCUCCAUGGUGCCCUCUAUCUACCCGCUGGAGACGCUGCACAACUCGCUCUCUCUGAAGCAGGUGGACGAGUUCCUCAACAUCAUGUGUGAGAGCAGCAGCGAGGCCCAUGCCAGGACCAUGAAAGCACUGUCCGGCCUGUUCGACUCUCAGAGCCAGACGUCUCUCUACAGCCCACAGCAGCCUCUGUCCUCCUCUGGAUCUGAGACGUCUCUCCGCCCGCCGAGCCAGCCUCUAUGGCACGGCAGCAUCCCCUCCAGUGCUGUAUCCAGUGCGGGCCCCUCAUCUCCGAUCACAGAGAGCUCUGGACUGAACUUCAGCUUCAACACUGGAGGAGAUGCUGAUACUGGAGAGAGAAGCCAGCAUUCAGACAUUUAACCACUCUGACUCUACAUAUGGACCCUUCUGAUGUACACCGACCACACCACGUGUUCCCCGCACCGGACAGUGACUAAACACUGGACCCUCAACGGUUAAAAACCUCUCAUCACUUCAUCAUCACCUCGACACAGUCAGACAACAGAAACCUGCUGCAACUGAGUAACCGCGCAUCAAGCCAAUAAUCGGACCAGUUGUGCCUUUUGAGUUUUAAUUUGGAUGCAGCCUACGCUAAAACGAGAACAGUUCCUGCUCUUUGUAACCUCUUUCACAGAAUCUCACGCAGACCAGCUGGCUCAUUUCUGACCCUACGUGCAGACAUUCAGAGCUGAAAUCCAAAGCAAAACCGUGAGUCAGCUUGUCAGCCGUCAUCGAUUUGCUUUGAAAUCUAAGAAAAAAUAGAAGUGUCCUUAUGUUUGUUGACUGUUGUGCUGCAGCAAUGUGGUGAACUUAUCACAGCCUUGUUGGUUCUUUUUCAAUUCAAGCCAAAUUCAGUGACAGCUGGCUGCAUGGACCUGCAGUUUGUGGCAUGUUUCAGACUCAAAUAUCUGCAGGUAGGCUGAAAGUUUGACCCCAAACGACUGAAACAACAAAGCAUAAAACCAAGUUAACAUUAUUUCUCAAUAACUUCCUGGCAUUGACCUUCUGAAGCCAGUAUUACUAAAGGAGCAGCUGCAGGUGACUGUCAUAUACAGAGAUGGACAUCAUGCUAAAGUUAGGAAUCUUUAAUCAUUUCACAUAUUAAUGGAUGAGGUUGGCAGUUGUCUAUAAUUGUCUCCUUUUGAGAGUCAAACCAACAAUGAUCUACUCAUAUCGUAAUCCUCUGUGCCUCAGACCUGCAUUGUUGUAUAUUGUUGAAGUACUUCUUGGAUACAUUUAUAAUAUAGUACAAAGUCUAGAGGUCGUGUUAUGAAGCACAACAAGCUGGCGAAGCUCUGCAAAUGGAACAACGUGCAUGCAGAGGAGCGUCUGUCUCUCCUGAGACUGAAGACAGGAUCGCUGUCAUUAAUCUUUGGAGACGUUUCUAAACAAAAUGAAGUACCCAGGCUCUUCGUAAUGAAGGAACAUGUGAUGAAGUGCAGCAGCGUGACUCACUGAUGUGUUGUUAAUAGAUUUUGGAUAACAAUGGAGGUCUGCAGCACAGAGGAAUAAGACAUCAGCCUUUGGAUACACGCACAAUACUUGUAGAUCAGUAGUAGAUGUGUUCUUAGUUGGUUUAGAUCUGCACAUGAGAUUUGUUGACCAUAAAAAAUCUCAUCCUUUAAAAUUACCCUUACAAAUUACUCCGAAGCAUCUGGAGGAUACGGGUCAUCGUUUUAAACAUCGAAUAGGAAACAUUCAUGAAUUUGACCCAUCAUGUGGUACUUUUUAUUCACACGAUUGUUAGUUUACUUCACACAACUAAAACAAGACUACAUUUUAACUGUUUCUACAUACAAAUAUUUUUAAAUGUCACAGUCAAGUGUCGCUGGAUAAAACUGUAUUAAUCGUUUCUGUAACGGUCCACUGUUGAAUGGAAACAGUUUCUUUGUAAAUGUGCCUUCAAAUGACUGUUGAGAGGAAUGUUUAAGUAUUCUGCAUACUGUGGAGUUCCUGCUGUAUUUUUUUUUUUUAUCCUUUUACAAAUCAAAUUUGAUUUUAAGAAAAUCUGUGGCAUAGAUUUAUUUUAGAAGUAAAGGGAAAAACCACUUUAUUGAGUAAAUGAUACAUAAUGACGACUACCUGAAUACUGCAGUUUUCAACUCAUGCCGAGUCGUCGGACUCUCUGCUGUCACACCAAAUUACAUGUGUAUGUUUAAAUGUUUGAUUUAUCAGAUGACUGUUUCUAAAUAUGUAAUUAGUGAUACUCAGGUCGACAUUAUCAUGAAUCUAGAGAUUAAAAUGAGUUUUUUUAUAAAUAUGUGACUGAACUGUGGGGUCAAUUCACUUUCAUUUAGCCGAAAGAAGUUUUAAAGUUUAAGAAAUAAGAAAUACUUUUAUUACCUUUGACCAAAAACUUGUUUAAUCGAAGCUCUAUCUUGAGCAGUGACUUGCAGUUUUAUUAUAAUUCAGCAUUGUGAUUAUGGGCAUUGUGUGUCUGCAACACCAAAGUACAAAAGUUGGUGAAGCGGCUCGCUGCUCAUUUCAAACUGGUUAAAAUUGAAAAUGAACUGACCCCCAAAACCUGGAAACACCUGCUGUAGAAAAAGAAAAUGUUUAUAUAUUUUUUAGGCAUCUUGGAAAGAUUUUAGUUUUAGAAUAAGAGUAAUUAAUUUUGACCUAAAAGUGGGUUGCUGUAGAUCAUUUUAGUCUUGUCUAGUCUGUAUUUAUGUGAUUAUUUAAUGUGCUAUUUAAUGUCAGCCAAAGACGAGUGUGUUUCUGUGACGAGUUUGGCUGCCGGAGAACAAAGUUUUUAAUGUGUGAAAUCUUUUGGUGGAUGUCUCGCAGUUCAGGAGGCGCUCUGAUGGAGAAAUAAAAUAAAAACUGUAAUAAAAUAA